AUGGCGGAACAGCUAGAAGUCAAAGAUGCGCACAAGAUUGACGAGUCGUCGUUUCCUUACAUCUACGAGGAGAAUGCUGUGGUGCCGCUGAAAACAUCGUCUAAAGGCAUUAUCCGCUGCAAUGUUUACCGUCCGAAAUCCACAAAAGACGGUGCCAAGUUCCCCGUGUUGGUAACUUAUGGCCCAUACGGAAAAGACAUUCACUACAAAGACUUCCAUGCAAAGUCAUACUCAGAAGUCAACCCCGAACACCACUCUGAUCACUCUGCGUGGGAAACACCAGACCCGGGUUUCUGGACGAAACACGACUAUGUCAUUGUGCGCGCUGAUGAGCGUGGGCUCGGUCAGUCUCCAGGCUUCUUGGAUACUAUGUCAAGAGGAACUAGCGAGGCCUUCUUCGAUGUUGUCGAGUGGGCAGCUGAGCAGCCCUGGUCGUCUGGCAAGGUCGGCUUGCUGGGUAUCAGUUACUAUGCUGGAUCACAAUGGCGUGUAGCAGCGCGCAAGCCCAAGGGAUUGGCUGCGAUAAUACCGUGGGAGGGCAUGAGUGACUACUACCGAGACAGGUGCCGUCACGGCGGUAUCCUGAGUAACAAGUUCAUCGACUUUUGGUGGAACCGCCAGGUCAUCACAAAUCAGUACGGUCGUCCAGGCCGCGCAGCACGAAACUGGGGCCCAGACACCGUCGACGGAGAUCUCUCUGAAGAGGUCCGCGAACGCAACCGACAAGACCAGACUAUCGACACAGCAAAGUUCAAGUUCCGUGACGAGAAAUACUACGCUAGCAAAGAGUACCACAUGAGCGACAUUGAAGUACCGCUGCUCUCAGUCGGUAACUGGGGUGGCAUUCUGCUGCAUCUUCGCGGCAACAUCGAAGGCUACGUCAACGCUGGAUCUGAGUUCAAAUACCUACGAAUGAUCACAGGACGACACGACCUGCCCUUUUACUACAAGGAAGAAGUCGAGGUGCAACGAAGCUUCCUCGAUGCGUUCCUCAAGGGCGACGACCGAGUGGGCUGGUCAGUAAAGGGCAAGCUGCCUGCCGUCGACAUGGUUCUGCGCAAGGGCGACGUGGGCUUCGACGACGCGGAGAAGGAAAAGGUGUACGAGCGACGCACUGAGAACGAGUGGCCCAUUGCCCGAACGCGCUACACAAAAUUCUACCUCACGCCCUCCCAGACCCUCACCCAAGUCGAGCCCAUUACGCCUCGGCCGCAGAAGCUCACGUACGAGGCUCUCGGUACGCUGGACAACCCCAAGGCCAUCCAGUUUACCACUGCGCCGUUCGAGGAGGAGACUGAGAUUACCGGACACAUUGUCGCGCACUUGAAUGUGUCGCUUUCGGCGGACGCAGCCCACGACACGCCUUCUGAUAUCGAUCUGUUCCUGACUCUGCGCUACAUCUCGCCCGAGGGCAAGGAAGUCUACUACACGGGUACGGCAGGCGACCCGAUCCCGCUGGCCAAGGGCUGGCUGCGCGUCAGCAUGCGCAAGACGAACCCGGAGCAUCCCAAGCACCGGCCGUAUCUGCCGUGGCGCGACUACUUCAGCACCGACGUGCUGCCCGUGGUGCCCGGCGACGUGUACGCCGUCGACGUCGAGGUGUGGCCUACCAAUGUCAUCGUCGAGAAGGGCGGCAAGAUUGUGUUUGAAGUCAGCAGUGGAGAUACCCAGGGCAGUGGCAUCUUCCAGCAUAACCACCCCGAGGACCGCAGCGUCGAGAAGCUGGCCGGAUGGAAUCACCUGCAUUUUAGUAACACGGCGCUCAACUAUGUCACGCUGCCGAUUGUGCCGCCGAAAUAG